GUAACGGGGCUCUGAGUGCAUCGACGACCUCGUUGGUCACUGUAGUUUCAGCCUAUGUCUUUCUCCGCGUUCCGUUUUUACAGUACUGUAAUGCGGUGAGGACGAGUGUAGUCUUACAGUAGAUCUGCUUUAAGCAUUCACUUAGCACUAUUACUUAAUGCCAGUCGUCAGGACAAACAAUAGCUUCGCAUAUGCCGCUGAAGAAAAUAAGUGAAAAGGAACUGUAUUUUAUGCUAUUCAGACAAUUCAGCCAGCUCGUCUGCAGCCGCUCCAUGUUUGCGCAUCACCUGAAACUCCCAGGCAGGAGCCAUUUCUUCCACUUGAGGGCCUUCCGAAGCAGCUGGGAGGGCCCUGCCUUGUGGAACAGCUCAUGCUUAAGUGGUUUACCCCCCUGGCCUCAGCAGUUCCACCCCAGCAGGUAUCUCUCUGUGAAUUUCAGGCCUCCGUACCAUUUCCACCACAGCAGGUGGAGGACAGCUUGGCCAAAUUCCUCUUUUACUAGAUUUCGCCAGGCGCCGGCUAUCUAUCUCUCCUGUGGGCACAUGGACCGUUGUGACAACGGGCCUCCUUUCAAAAGGAGGAAAAGCAACGAUGAGACCCGUCAGCAUGGAGCCAGAGGGUCUCCCUCUCUCCGCUCUGUCAGGCCACCUGGGAGCCCGAAUGAUUCAUCCCAGAACAGCCCCGCUGAAUCUGAAACUCCAUGCGUCAGUCAAACGUGUCCUCACCAAGCAAAGCGGGGAGCAGAAAUACAAAGAAGGUGGGAAGAUUUUUCACAACAUUACCAGCAGAAUGAAGGAGCCAACAUUUUCACUGCGGAUGGGAAAGAAACAAAGUCAUUUGACUUCUCUGUGAUGUCGUACAACAUCCUUUCCCAGGACCUACUGGAGGACAAUUCACACCUCUACAGACACUGCAGCCAGCCAAUACUGAACUGGAAUCACAGGUUUCCCAACAUCCUGAAGGAGUUCAAGCAGCAUAAUCCAGAUAUAUUGUGUCUACAAGAAGUGCAAGAGGACCACUACAAAAAACAGAUCAAACCCAGUCUAGAGUCCUUAGGUUACCAUUGUGAGUACAAGAUGCGGACAGGGAGGAAGCCAGACGGCUGUGUGAUUGGCUUCAAGCAGUCCAAAUUCUCGCUGGUGUCGUGCCAUCCGGUAGAGUUUUACCGCCAUGGUAUUCCCCUGCUGGACCGGGAUAACGUGGGGCUGGUGCUGCUCCUCAGGCCCGCUGCCCCCGGAUGCUCGGCCCCCUGCCUCUGUGUGGCCAACACUCACCUGCUCUACAACCCCAGGAGAGGGGACAUCAAGCUCACCCAGCUGGCCAUGCUGCUGGCCGAGAUUAGCAAGGUGUCCGACCAGGAGGAUGGAAGCUACUGCCCCAUCAUCUUCUGUGGGGACUUCAACUCCGUCCCUGGCUCUCCGCUCUACAGCUUCAUUAGGGAAGGCAAGCUGGAAUAUGAGGGGCUUCCCAUCGGCAAGAUCUCAGGACAGGAGCAGAAUCCCAGAGGCCAGAGAAUCCUCUCUGUUCCAAUCUGGCCUAAAAGUCUGGGAAUCUCUAACUACUGUCAGUAUGAAAUGUCACCUGAGGCAAAACCAGUUCUUGAUGAAGGAGGGAUUUCAGGACUGUGUGUGAGAGAAGAGGAAAAUUUCACACCAGAGAAAAAGUUGCAGUCGAGCAUAGAACAUAAGUUCAGGCUGACCUCAGUCUAUUCUCAUUUCCUGACCAAAGGCGGGACACCAGAGAUCACAACUUGUCACUCUAGGACAGCCCUCACUGUGGACUACGUUUUCUACUCUGCAGCAAAGAACGAUAUCUCUGUGCAACCAGGAAGCGGCCCCAUUCCUGACGGCAGGCUGCAGCUGCUUGCGAGGCUCUGUCUCCUGUGCGAGAAGGACUUGUGGACUAUAAACGGGCUGCCUAAUGAGCACAACUCUUCUGACCACCUGCCUCUGCUGGCCAGGUUCCGCCUGCGGUGCUGACAGCGCCUCUCACUGUAACUCUGCACACAUUGCAUUCGCGCAGAUUCCAAUACCCACGGUAGAUACUAUGAGGAAAAAAAAAAGGGAUCUUGAUCAUUUUUGUGUUCCUUCUUCCUUUAUACUGUGUAUAAAGAUAAUUUUUAGACAUAUUUAUUGAAAAUCUGCAUUACAUAGUUUAGCUGAGGUGAAAGAGUUGAUGAGGUUUACAUUUUUUAAAUUGUGUUCGGUUGUUUGUUGGGUGUAAAGCUUUUAUUCAUCGGUCCGCUUUACACUGAAUCUGUAACAGUUUUUAAAUGCAUGCCAUUUCUGGUUAUAUUGAUUUUUGCUGAAUGUUAAAAUGUGAAGAAUAAUGUUCAACAAACUGCUUUUCAAAUUGUUAAAGCAAAUUAUUUUUAUUCUGUUAUAUACAGUUGCCUCCAAGUGUAUUAAUGUUCUUGAUAAACGUGCACAUCAAGAAACUACAACAUUUCUGAAACGAUUUUAUAAAAAUGCAUAAAUUGAUAAAUAUAUCAGUUUUAAAUACAUUAUCUACCUAAACCAUGCGUUAUAUACAAGUUGAAAAUAAAGGCUGUAAAUUUAGUUCUUUAAUGUUUUUUUAGUCUUAAUAGGUUCUCGAAGCCACAAGGAUUUUAAAGAACCUUCUGAGUCACUUGGAUCACAAACGGCAAUUAAAAGCAGGCACACAAAGUCAGUAACACUUAAUCAUGAGAAAGUCAGGGAAUUAUCCACAGAUCUCUAAGAUUGAUGAAAUUGAACAGCUCCAGUGACAACAAUUAAAAAGCAUAUAAGUCAUCCUGUUUUCAACUGUAGUAUCCAAUGUCCAGAAAUUCAAGCAGGGACCACCCCAUCAUACAGGGGCUGGAAAAACCAUUUGACUCAAAUGAUUAUUAUUAUGUGCAGUUAGAGAAAAUUCUGGAAAGAUGGUCUAACUCGCACUCAUGGGUAAUGUGUGAAUCUUCAUCUUCUGGCAUCAUUUUGACCUCAAUCUUCUUUCAUCGUUCUGGCAUCAUCAGGAUCUAAGGUCUGCAAAACCACCAUGUGAGGCUGACCUGGUCAUUUGAUGACUGGCAGUUCCACAUCAAAUUUCUGCAGUGAAUUAGCCAAAUUGCAAUGAGUUCCCCUUGAUGUAGUUGGGUAUAAUCCCAGCAUUGGACAUGACCAUGUAAAGGUAAAGCUCAUCCCUGCAAGAAAAAAAAAACAUUUGGUCUCAGGUCCCGUUUUAAACUGGGGAAAAAAUAGACACAAAAAAAGCUUUUUGUCUGAAAGCUCUAGCAUGGUCACAAAUGAGAAUUGUAAGACAUUGAAAAGCCUGCAUCAAGCUCAGUGGUAAAGGGAGCACAAAAAAUCAAUUAUCUUGAUUGGUCAGCCUUUAGUAGAAUAUGGUGAGAAUGUAACAAAAGAUCAAUCACAAACACAACCUGAAGAUGUUGGACAGAGGUGACAAAGGAGAGAAGUCAGAUAUCACUUGCAAGAUGUGUAAGAACAUCAUGAAUGCCACAGGCGAAAGCUUCUCACAAAGUGAAAGGGGAGAGUUAGUUAAAUAUAGAUUGCUGGAGUAUGAAUGAAUGCGAGUGCCUUACAUUAAGAAACCACUUCGAGUGUACAUUCUUCUUAUAAACACAAUAUUAACUUAAUUUAUCUGUAUCAAAACAUUUCAUCCUAAAUCCAUUUUUAGAUGCAAUUUAUCAAGGAUAUGUUAGAUCUGGAGGCUACUGCAUAUGAUCACAGCAGAUUAAAACCAAACAACUUGGAAAACUCUUAUUUUGUAUUAAUGACACUAAAACAUAUACAAAAUCUUAGUGCCCUUUCUUUUAUACUAGCUUAUGGGCAUAAUGUUUCCAUUUCAAUGUUUUUUAAAAUAAUUUUGUCUCUUAAGAAUCCUUCAAACCAUUAAUAUGUUCAUGGGAAAAUAUUUUUGUCUCCACACAAAUAUUACAAGCAAAGGCAAGAAGGUGGGACUUUUUUUUUAAAAUAUAUUUCAUGUCUUAUUACAGUGUGAUGCAACAUUAUAGAAAUAUAAAUUAAAUGGAUAAUGCACACCACAUUGGACAAAAAAGAAGAACUUUAGUGUACCUGUUUUUUUUGUGUGGAAAUACCCUCUCAAAGUAAUGCAUGGAUAGCCUGCUAUUAUAUAUACAAUAAAAAUAUAAGUACAUUCUAUGGGCAA